AUAUAUUUAUCCAGAAUGCCGCAGAGUACCACGAACAACAACUGGUCGUUCCAGCCACUCCAUCGCCAGCGGAGCACCAGCGGAUAUCCUCAGCAUGUUCUCAACACGGUGCCGGAAACUGCCGUGCUCACCACGCCCCCGCCCACGAGAAAACCGCUCACAAUACAAAUUGCUGGCGUUGCUGCAGCGGAAAGCGGACACAAGCGCAGAUUCUUAGCAGCGCGGAAAAAGCCGAAAAGCGCGAUGAAAAUGCUCGCGGACACGGAGCGUGAGGAAGCCCUCAACCUGCAAAUUGAGUUCGAGUGGGUGCUGCGCCAAGAAGUACACGCGAUACUGAAGCAACUGAGGAGCAUUCUGGUGGAGUGCGCCCAUCGGUUUCCGGUGCCCCUGUACGAGAACGAGGGAAAGAAGACUGAGAAGUUCAUACUCACCGUGUCGCCCGAUCAGCUGAAGGCCGUGCUGACCCUAACGGGCGAUGCCAUCACCCAGGCUGACAUUAGCUUUAAGCUGUGCAAGGCGCCGAGCCAAACGCAACGUACCUCCAUCACACAUGACUCGCCCUGGAAGUUGCAGCAGGUCCAGGAUGCGGCCAAUCAUCUGCAGACCGCCAUCAACCACAUAGACGAUGUCGACGACUCUUAUCACUUCAAAACCUCCGACGAAGUGCUGCAUGUGAUAGGCAACAUUCUGGAUGCCCUGCAGCGGGGCAGAAACAGUUUGCUGGUGCCCAAAAAGAAGCCCAUCGAUGAGCUGAUCAAAGGGCGCAAUAUGAAGUCGCUGGUGCCCAAUCUGCCCGAGGAUUUGGCCGUUAGUUUCUACCUGCAGAGCCACAAGCUGAUCAUUGCCGUCUACCAGCUGCUGAACAACCAGGGCACCAUGCGCUUCGAUUCCCGCCAGGCGGAGGCCUCUGUCCAGUGGCUAAACGACGUGCUACUGCUGCUGAUGAAUGGCCAGAAACUGUGCCAGCAAUUAAAAGACAAGAUAUCUGUGUUUUCGGUGUACAAAGAUUUCACAGUUGGCUCGCGUUCGCCCUCGGCACUUUCCUACUGAGACGGGGAGCGCCGGGAAAUGGAUGCCGGUUAUGGAAACCCUUGAUGGAUGACACUGGUGGAUCGGCGACAGAAACAAUAACAACAAUAAUAGCUAAUAAAGAACCGUACUUGUAAUAGCGAAGUAAAUAAUGUUAGUUGAAAUGUUGCUACUGGAAACGGCACACCCAUAAUACCCAUGCAUACUAUACUAUAUACUAUACUAUACAAUACAAUACUUUAAAACACUAUACUGCUAUAUACAGUAGUGUAUAGAGAGUUAUAUACAUACAUACAAGCAUACAACUAGUUUAAUGUACACAAUCAACAUUCAUGUUAAAUUACGAUUACGCAGAACCUGAGUUCAUCGCUUCACGUCACUCCAAUUAUGCAUCAAAAUGCAUCUAAAUAGCAUUAGGCUGAGAAUUGACAACAGAGAACGUUUGUGAAAACCAAUUGUGUUUGUAUGUGUAACUAAAUGAAAUUGCUAGAUAAUUAUAGUUUAUUCGUACAUGUAAUUUAAUGUAAUGUAAUACCAUGGCCCUUAUUUAUGUUUGCUACGAUGCAACUAAAUCCACAAAGUCAGCAAUCAAUCGGUACUUAAAGUCGGUACUUACAACGUUUAUACCCCCAACACAGCCCCUAUUUACAUACAUACCUAGGUACACACGGAAGGGGCAUCAACAUCGGCAUUUACAUGAUAUUGUUGUAAUAAACCAAACCGAAAUGUGAA